AUGUCCUCUCGACGCCUCGAUAUCCCCCAAAGCAAGAGUGGUUCAAGACCACCGAGGCUAGUCAGAUCGAACUCGUCCUUGUCCCUCACUAAAGAAGCUGGUAUUUCCAAGCGGCGACAUGAUUCCCGUCAUCGCCGCCCUAAUGCGACGACGGUUACCGGAAUAGUGGCUCGUGCAGAUAGUAACCCCAACCCCAUCUCACCCAUCGUCACCCUCGUAAUCGGACAAGAAACGCGAAUCUUCGCCGCCCACGAAAACGUGCUAUCCGCCUCUCCCUUCUUCAAGAACGUCCUCGACACUCAAUUCUCCGAAGGGGAAACCAAGCGAAUAUUGCUCCCCAACGAGGAACCCGAGAUCUUCUCCUCGGUGCUCGAAUACCUCUACAAAGGCGACUACCACCCCCGCCUUGUUCAAGAUAAGAGACGGAACACGUGGGAACUGGUGGAGCCAGCAGCAGCAGGGAGGAACGGAAGCGGCGGCGGCCGGGAGGCUCCUACCAUCUAUCAUCACUCGGUGGAUGGCCAAGUGUUGAAGGACACGGUGAUUUACUGCGCUGGAGAGAAGUACGGGCUGGAAGAGUUGAAGAGGAUUGCCCUAAGGAAGCAAGGACUUCAAUGCGGAAUAGUGGCCAGCACCAUCUUGACUUCAGCCAGAUACGCCUACGCCAACACCCCCGACACUGACUCCAAGCUUCGGGCUCACUAUCUUGCGCUCAUCAUCCGCGGCCGCGACACGUUCAAGCGCAGCGGUACCAUGCAACUGGAGAUGUUUCACGGUGGCAGCGAUCUUUUCUUUGAUUUGUUUGUGGCGUUGUGUAAUCAUGUUGAUGACCUUUCGGUUGCCUCCAGCACCCAACAAGACACCCCCCAACAAAGCUCCGGCAACGAGAACGGCUCCCAAGCGUAGUUCUUUACUUUACUUUCUUUUCCCACUUAGGUUCCUGUUUUCACACAUCUUCCGAAGGUUUGUGAUUUUCAAGACGGAUGGCUCUCUAUCUUCAAGAUCCAUUUGGUCAUACUUUCUACUCGUACAUGUUAUCACUCGGUGUUUUUCUAUCACAUGGCGUUGGGGAAGGUUUGUUUUCGGCUAUAUCACCAAAAUUGAGCUUGCAAUUUCCCAGUUUGGAGCAAGGACGGACGAAAGCUAUCACGGCAUGAUGGACACGACUGGAUUAUGUGAACAUUGUAUGUACUGGUCUUUGUGGUAUUUCUGGUUUCUGGACAAAAUAAAUCUGGAGACCGGACAAGAGUGGGAACAGAACGUGUAUGUGUGUGUGUGAUUGCGGGGCUUUUAGUUCUAUACG